AGCAAAUGUAUUGAUGAAUGAACAGGAUCAAGACAUCCUCUGAUGUUAGUAAAAUCAGCCAAAAUAAUGGAAGAGAGUCUUUCUAUAAACGAAUAAAGGUUAUGUCAAAGGUAUCAGUACACGAUCAAUGCAUAAUUUGUUUAUCAUUCAGAAGAAAGAGAUUCCUCCGAACUGAAACUAGCUUUCAUUUUCGAUAAUAUUGAUCCCAACCCAUCCCAUUUUAUCCCAUUCCGUCAGUAUAAUCGAACCUUUGCGUCUUUGUCCAAAAGUCUAAAAUACACCCUAACUGGAAUAUCUAACUAUUUCCCUUAAUCUCAAAGUGAUAUUUAACUAUAAACAAUCACUACAUAAUAAUAUAAAAAUAGAAAUCGUCGAGAAUAUAUAAAAGUCUUCGAAUCAGUCAAACAGUCUAUAUACACACUCAACAAGAUACAAGUUAAUCGUUUUGGUUUUCAUUUAUUUGCUUGCACACAUCAACACUGGAUUGAGAUAACCCUAACAUAUACAUGUAUUGAAUGGAAAUAAGCUUGAACUACAUUUUUCAGACUGACAAGGAUAAUAUCACUCAGCGUUAUGAAAAUCAAAUCAGGACUAAGUACACUAAGUAUGGAUAGUUCAUCAAUAGACAGUAUUGAAGAUAAUUGUCGGCAAAAACUGAAAGAGGUCAUUCAGGAGUCAAUCAACUAGGUGGAAUGUUUGUCAAUGGUCGCCCAUUACCAGAUACAACACGUCAACGUAUUAUUGAAUUAGCACAUUCAGGUGCACGCCCAUGUGAUAUAUCUCGAAUCCUACAAGUAUCUAAUGGAUGUGUAUCAAAAAUAUUAUGUCGUUAUUAUGAAACUGGUUCAAUUAGACCUAAAGCAAUUGGUGGUAGUAAACCAAGAGUGGCUACAAAUUUAGUAGUUCUAAAAAUAGCACAUUACAAAAGAGAAUGUCCAUCAAUUUUUGCUUGGGAAAUUCGAGAUCGUCUACUACAAGAAGGUAUAUGUACAACAGAAAAUAUUCCCAGUGUAUCAUCGAUUAACCGUGUACUGCGCAAUGUUUGUAAUGACAAUCAAUUCCCACUUUCAUUUGGACCUAAUGCUGCACAAAGUGAUCACGCCAGUGCACAUCCAUUCAACUCAACUGCAAAUAAGCAACAUUCACUUCAUCCGCAUGAGAAUCUACUACACCAUCCUCAUAUGCAAAAUCAUCAGUUUGGUCUGCCAAUAAAUAGAAUGCCAAUGGUUGACUUUCCUUCACCAAAUUUACAUCUUAUUAUGAGUCAAGCUAAUUCAUGUAAGCAAAAUUGUCCACUUUCUCUCACUACAAAUCAAGUAUCUCCGGGGUUAAAUAUACCUCCGAGAUCACUGCAAGCAUCACCUCCACGUUUUCAUCAUCCACACACAGCUACAUUUGCUGCUGCUGCCGCUGCAGUUGUUCAACAAAAUAAUUUACCUUCAAAUGUACCUGACUCACUUACAUAUCAGAAUCGUUUGUGUGAAGUUAAUGGAGUAACUAGUAACUCUUCUCUACCACCAUCAAUUCAGUCAUCAACGAAUAUGUAUGAUACAUUUUCAAAUUUGUUACAUCAUGCAAAUUGGCCAUCAUGGUAUACAUCAGCAUCAGCAUCAUCUAAUAAUCAAAUUCCAUCCAUACCUUUAAACAUUAACAAUAACACAAGAAGUUAUAGUAACUGCCAAUCGGAAACAAAUGAUAUGAGACAACACUCAAAUUACAGUAAUAUAACAAAUUUCAAUACGUCCAAUGGAAAUGAUUUCACACAAUUCAGCCGAACAGAUAUGAACAGUAAUGAGGAUAGUAAUAUUAAGGAACAAGUUUCUAAUUUAUCACAUAGAUCCACAUCAACUGAUUUAGAUAACAUGAACAUUUUUCAAUCAUCAAAAAAGUUAAAUCAAUCGUCUCAACAACAAAUUGGUUGUAAUUCAAAUUCAUUGAGUAAAACUGAUGAAUUCGAUUUUUUAAUGAGAAAUCAUUCAGAAUUAUGUAAAAAUAUAGAGUAUGAAGAAGAUUUAACAUCUAAAUCUGAUAUACAAUAUCAGCUAUAUAAAAAAUCAUCAACUCUACAACAAUCUCGAAAAUCAUCAAAAUUACCAGGAUUUUGUGAUGGAACUGUCAAUAAUCAUCAAUUAGAUCAGUCUCCUAUUGAAACAAAGAAGAAAUUAACACGAUCAAAUACGGUCGUCAAUUCAUCUGAAGGUCAAAUAGACCAGUCAACAGGAAAUAUGGAAUUAUGUAAAGUGGAGAAUUCUAAUGGUCAGUCUGUGCUACAAAAAAUGCAGUCCAAUUCUUACAAUACUUGUGGAAGUCUUAUAUCAAAUAUCUGCUCAAAACAAACUUUCUCUGCUCCUGAUUUUACUCCAUCUGUUACGAGUCAAAUCACUGAUAAUAAUCCUAAAAUUUGUUCAACACCUAUGGAAGUACUGAUGAAAACAUAUGGUAAAGAGAAUUUUUCUCAGGUCCGUAAUAAAAACAACUCUCAACACUGUUCAAGUCAACAUUCUGCAGAUAGAUAUGAAGGGAUCACUUGUGAGAUUAACAAAUCAUCAACUCACACAUCUUCAAUUUCUGAGGAUAAGAUAUAUGAAAAAUCAAAACGUGAAGAAAAUUCUGCAACCAAUCCUAAUGAAAGUAAAAAGUCAGGAAGAAAUAGGACAGCUUUCACACCUGAACAGUUGGAAAUACUAGAAGAAGAAUUCGAACGUACACAUUACCCUGAUUUAUUGAUUAGAGAACAACUUGCACAAUCUAUGCUAUUACCAGAAUCACGUAUACAGGUUUGGUUUUCGAAUCGCCGCGCAAAAUGGAGACGUGAAGGUAAAGAGUUAAACUCAAAUAAACAAGAAAAAUCACGUACGCCUAGUUUAGAUGAGAAUCAAAGCAAUGACCAACAGUAUGGAAUCAAUUGUUCAAUGAUCAGUAAAACACAAGAUUAUGUACGAAAUAACGAUGAGUUGGGUCAGUUAAAUAUGAUUAAACAGAAAUUUGAUUAUGAUCAUAUUCAUUCAGAUAAUUUCUUAGAACUAAAUCAUCAUCAUCAUUCACCUGUUUAUCACAAUUAUCAUCAGUUAAUUACUCCACAGAAUCGCCAGCAGCAACAACAGCGCGAACAAAUGAAUAUUGACAGAAAAGAACAUGUGAAUAUGAAUUGGUCGUAUAUGCCUACACCAGUUCAUCAAGAGCUUUCAUCCCCUAAAAAACUACCAACCUACUCGGAACGAUUUGUCAGUUUGAAUGAAAAUUCUCAUCAGUUGAAUACAUCAAAUCAUCUUCGAGAAACAGAAACCUAUACAGUUUUAAAUGAUGUGACACGUUUAAAUUCACCGCCAAACACGCAUACAAAUAAAUUAAAACAUUCACAAAUAUUGAAUACAGAUCAGAAUGAUUUAUCUGAUAAGUUGAACUCAAGUGAUACACUGAUAUCGGUUAACAGUUAUAAUGAUGGUGGAAAUUCUGAUUGUAAAGACAAUCAUGAUAUUAUAUCGAAUUUCAAGGUUGAUCGAACACCAUUUAUGAAUUUAGAAUUUUCAAAACUAACUUGUUUGUCAUAUAAUCAGUUACCUGAAAUGACUAACAUCAGAAAUAACGGUGUUAUUGCCAGCAGUUUAUUGCGUAGUGUGCAUACAUCCAAUGGAAAUGAUUCAUUUGAUCUACCUCAUGGAAAUGAAGAACAGGCUGAAAUAGAGUUAAUCGACAAACCUCAAGCAAUUCAUUCAAAGGAUAUUUUUAAUCAUUUAAUUGGGGAUUCAGACUACCAACCAAUAUGGUUGAAUUCGACUGACCAAGUACAAAGUUAUAAGAAUGAUCAAUCAAAUCCUUUAAUAUGGUCUGGAAUGGCAUAUCCUCAGCCAAGUACCCUUUCAACUGAUUCUGGAAUUGGUUCCCCACCUCCUCCCCCAGCAUUUAUUCUCCCUAAUAAUGGCAUUGUUAACACUUCUACUGGUUUUGUUGGUCAUAACGGCGGUUCAACACCUCACUUAUUACCACAAGUACUCCCAAAUACUUCUCAUCUAUCUUCUAUGGCAGCAGCAGCUGCAGCAGCUGCUGCCGUUGCAGCUUGGAACAAUAACAAUAAUAAUUCUUCAAAUUUCAUUCAAACUCAUAGCUUAACACCAAAAUCUUGUAUGUUAUCCUCUGAUUCUGAUGUAGUGCUUAAUUCUCAUGAAUCAACACCAAUAAAUUAUGGUCAAUUAGGCAGAAUCAACUCUGAAUUUCAUCUAGUUUCCAAUUCUUCUACACCGUCAACAAUUGUACAAAAUCCAUGUUCUCCAUCAGCGUCAUCUUCAUCUUUGUCAAUGUCUCAUUCUUCGUCUACAUGCUCUGCACAAAACAACACAGCUGUCAAUUUUGAUUUGAGUAAUUUAGUUACACAAAAUGCUACAACUUGUGUUAACACUAAUACUACUACUAUUAACAAUAAUAUUAGUAGUACUGGUUACUAUGAUUUUUCACGUUACUUUCAUUAAUUUCAAAUAAUUUCUUUUCACAUUUAUUUUACACAAACUGUACUUAGUUUAUAACUAGAUGCACCUAUAAAUAUAUAGUGCGAAAGACACAACUGACUCUAUUAAUGAUAUUGAAGUGACUUUGUUUUACAGAAAUAUAUACCAAUGCAUGUCUGAAUACAUAUACAAUUUUUAAAGUGUAAAUCAUGAAGAUAUUUUGUAAAUAUUGCUCAAAAUGAUUAGUAAUAAAGUUGAAUGAAUUAUGCAUGUG